GAUGGCGUCGCUGGAGAGACAAGGCGUUUCUGUUUCCUUGAGAACUUUGUAGUGAGGGCGGCGGCCAGUGCGUCACAUGAGGAGCAGCGGGUCGUGGUCGUGGUGCUGGGCAUGAGGUGAAGUCCAGAGGUGAACAAUGAGGUGUUGGCUCCUGUUGGCGGUGAUUAUGGCGGCCCUCCACCUCAGCCAACCUUCUCUGGACCUUUACGUUGAUUCUCAGGAGGUCAAGCAGCUAUUAGGAGUGAGUUCUCAACUAUGGUAUGUACACAAUGGAACAGUGAACAAGUAUGCCCUGGGCUAUGUUGUGGUGGUUCCAAACCAGGUCAACUCCCUCACCUUCCGCUGGCAAGCUCUGGAUGGAAAAACGAUGCCAUAUAGUCUGGAUGUACACAUUAGCAACCAUGAGGCUUUGUCAAAGCCAGUGUACAAUAUCAGCGACCGAGGCCUGGUGCCCACACGUCCCGCUGCCUGGACCCUCCGGCUUGCCUGCACUGGCAAGCUUACCACUCAGGUGGAUGUUACAAUAACAUUGCAAGUGCCCAUGAAUACGUCAUUAGCAGAUAUCACGACCCUCACUAUCCUUCGUAAGAAAAUUUGCCUUAGAGACAGCGCAGUGGAGGCGGAUGGAGUGUCGGUAGAGAUGGUGGAAGCGCGCCACUCCACCACUGUGGUGUACAUUACUCUCGCCUGCUUAGGAGUCUUCCUCAUAGUUGUGGUUGUCCUUGCCAUCGUAAAUCAUAUCAACAACAAUAAGACUACUGGCAGAAGACGCACUGGAAGUGGCCAGAGAUCGGCCAGUGGUCGCCAUGGUAAUUUGGGCCUUAACGAGAAUGUCCCGAACAAUCAACGCACUGCUGCUGACAUUGCUGGUGUUGGUAAAACAUCUCAGUCGUCCCUCAGUGAAAUGCGACGGUCACCUCAGCCCACCAACACUACCACUGCCACGACUACCACCACCACGGGCAGUCCUGAACCUCAGUACACUGAUCCGAGACAAAGUGAUAUAUCUGCCAAAUUGACUGGUCUGAGAGUCUCUAGAGAAUGCCUUCAGUUGUUGGAGGUAGAGCAGGAAGGAACAUUUGGCCGCGUGUAUCAUGCUCUAUACCAGCCUCCAGACCAAACACACCCUACGAGUGUCACCGUCAAGACUGUCACAGAUGCAUCGAGUGAGGUGCAGCGAUCGGUGGUGGUGAGCGAGGGACUCAUGCUGGCGGGACUGACCCACGACCGGUUGCUGGCUGUACUUGGGGCCGUCGUCACUCCACCCGAGUCUCCACCUUGUAUCAUUUUUCCGGCGUCUUCCCAGGGCAACCUUAAGAGGUUCCUGCAGGGGUGCCACACGCUGGUGACUCGAGAGGUUGUGAGCGUUGGCGUGCAGGUGUUGCAGGCGUUGGCGUUCUUACACUCCCGCCUCUUGCUGCACAAAGAUGUGGCCACACGUAACUGUGUAGUUGAUGAGGGUUUACGUGUGAAGCUGACGGACUGUGCCCUGGCGCGAGACCUGUACCCCGCUGAUUACCACUGCCUCGGGGAUAAUGAAAACAGGCCCAUAAAGUGGCUGGCUAUGGAGAGCCUCGCACACAAGGUUUUCACCCCGGCAUCUGACGUCUGGUCGUGGGGCGUUCUGCUCUGGGAAGUGAUGACUUUGGGCCAGCAGCCGUAUGCUGAAAUUGAUCCAUUUGAGAUGUCGGCUGUCCUGCGUCAAGGCGUGCGUCUCGCUCAACCCAUCAACUGCCCUGAUGAACUGUUCAAGGCAAUGACAUUUUGUUGGACGACGGCUCCAAGAGAACGACCUACUGUUGAAGAGCUUGUCAUCUACCUCACCAACUUCCAGCAGCAUCUUGACAGAUACGUGUGACAUUAUGUGACCUCGGGACAAUGCGUGUGACCUUAACCUGUCCUCUUGGGACUUUGUGACCCUCAGGUUAAUCACAGCAGACUGUUGAAGAGAGUACCUCAUGAAUCAACAGUGAAGGCUUCAUUGCCCUCCCAGUGCCAGCAGAGGACAUUCUCUCUUUCAUGUAUCUGGGAAGACUUUGUGAUUCCUUCAAAAGCACUUAUUACAUGACUUGACAAAAUGGCCUGUAAAUGAGAAUUCUUUAUGUUGGGAAAAACUAAAAUACUCAAAUUAUUGGCCUGCUUUAAUUUACUAGGCAAAAGUCACAAACUCUUUGACUCAUUGGACAGAGCAGGUGGCAGCUUUGUUAAGUAUCUGGAAAUGACCUCAGACUGAUGCAGUGAAAGGGUUUCACUGAAAAAAAUAUUGAUAAAAAAUUUCAUAUAUGAAGAUGGAAGCAAGCAAACUGUAGUAUUGGUCGUGGUGCAAUAGAUACAAGUAGACAUGAAUGAUUAUAAUAUUUACACUACACAAGAAAGAAGUAGGAGUCUAUAGUGAGAGGAAAGACAUGUUGACACUAUAAAUGUGCACAAAUUUCUGGAAGUUUCUGGAACUAAGUGGAUUGCAAAUUGAUGUUUUGCACCUGGACCAUCGGUAAUAAUAAGCAAGUCGGUUACGAGUUUUUGCAUAUGAAUUUUUGUAUUGUAUGACUUAGUGUAGUUGAUUGUAAUAAUUGCCUUGAUAAAGUUGUUCCCAAAACUGUUCAAUUUGAUGGGUUUUCAGACGAAGUGGGAAUUUCUUUAGGACAUUCCUUACUGAAGCGUAACCAGUGUUGAAAGAUGACUACUUUUUAAGAGUUCACCGAACAGUAAUUUAGAUAUUCAUAAACUGUUCAAAUACUUUUAUAUUAAGAAACUGAUAAGUGUGAAAGGUGUUUAGGCUGCAGGGAAGGCAGCUAGCCAGUGUGCACCCAAGUGGAAAAUUUUCUUAAGGAUGUGUGGGCAAGGGAGUAGUGUGGGGGUACGAGAGUAGUGUCUGGGCAGGAGAGUACUAUAUAUAUCACGGGCUCACCGUAGCCCGUGCUACUUGGAACUUUUUGUUCUAGGUAGCGAAUCUUUAACAACAACAGGAGAGUACUGUAGUGUGUGUAGGAGUCUAUGGAUCAGAAGCCUACAGAAAAUAUAAAACUGGCCAUUGAUGAACAAGGUGGAUUUCUUGACAGAAGAACUUGCAUUGUUUGGAUUCACCAUUUGCAUUAAGAGUGGAAAAGGCGUGUAAUACACUCUUAAGUAUACAUGUACAUCAGAGAUGUGUUCAGUAAUGCUGGUAGUGUGAGCAUGUAUGAUAAUGAUACAGAAAGUAUAUUAUAUCAAAUUUGAUGUAUGCAGGCAAUGCCGUUCCAGUAGAGAAUGACGGUCCUGUAUAUCCUGUAGAAUAGUCACAGGUUUUAUUGUGUAUGGGAGAAAACUGGUGAAUGUUGAUGGAAGCACAGUGGAGUAAUGGCACAGCUUGUAGGAAACUGUGAUAUCUAGGUGAUGGUAUUCUUAAACCGGGGGGAGCCGGUCGGCCGAGCGGACAGCACGCUGGACUUGUGAUCCUGUGGUCCUGGGUUCGAUCCCAGGCGCAGGCGAGAAACAUUGGGCAGAGUUUCUUUCACCCUAUGCCCCUGUUACC